AUGCGAGUACAAUCAACAUGUGCUGGUGACGGUCAAAUCGACUUUUCAUUAGCUCAUGAAAUGGAAAUCGAUGAUCGAGCGAAACAAUUUAUCAACGUCUAUUUACGUUUCAUCGAAUGUUCUGCAAGUGAUAAACUUUGUCAAGCUGAAACAACAUUAGGUGAAUUUUGGAACUAUUAUGAUCAUAAGCAAGAGAAUAAUGUUUGUAUUAUAUGUUUGGGAUCGUUUGGCAUCAUCGAUGAGACUAUACCACGUCAAUGUAUUAAUGAAAACUGUCGUCAAAAAUUUUGCUCAAAAUGCGUGAGCCAUAUUCGCAUUUACAAUGGUAAUAAUCGACCUUUUCAAUGUAUGUACUGUUUAAAAGAAUAUCCAAUUAAUUGUUAUCCAGAAGAAAUUGAUAUUUUGAAACAACAACUAUGGAAUGAUAAGGUUAUUAAAUAUGGUAUUGAACGCACAAAACAUUUGCUCAUAACAAACUGUGAUCCAAAAGAAUUAGAUUUUGAUAUUGACUGUCGACGACGACAAUUAUUGAAUCUAUUUUCAACACACAAACGUUUUUGUAAGGAGACACAUGCAAAUGAGACAGACAUAGAAAUUGAAAAUAUGAUUAAUCAACUUUCAAAUAUUAUUAUCCAUUCAAAGUCUCAUGCCAGCAACAGUAUAGAACUGUAUAAAAUGCCUUAUAGACAAGCUAUAUCUUUGCCCGAUUCUGAUGAUAUCGGUUCUCUUUACAUUCGUCUUUGUGAACAAUUGUCCGUCGAUAUUUCCAACAAUGAAUUUUCUAGUAUUUUUCCCAAUACACAUAAAAAAAUGAACGAUUGGAUGUAUGAACAAGCAGUCGGUGAAGAAUUUCAACCGAAGCUUUCUCAUGUUAUCAAUGCGAUCGAACAAGACUUAGUUUCUCAAUGGUCGAAUCCAUCUGUUACACCUUCAACUAGUAUUGGAGUCAUUGGCUAUACAAAUGCAGGUAAAAGCUCUUUACUCAAUCGUCUUCUUGGCGUAAGCUCUCUAAAUGAUGAUCAAGCAGCCCCAAUAGGUAGUAUGAAAACGACUUACUCUGCUUUACGAUUCAACCGUAAAGAACCAUUGAUAUAUCAUCAUUCAAUAAAUAGAAACAUACAAAUACCAGUUACACUAGUAGAUAUUCAAGGUCAUGAUAAAAACAGAACAUCAGACAACAAUAUGAUUGAAGCUGGUAAUUAUCAUAAUGAAAUUAAAAGGGCCAAUUGUGAUAUUUAUAUCUUAGUCAUCGAUGAUGUUCUUCAUGAUGAACAAAAGGAUUGGAUGACUUUUAUUAGAGAAACAUUAAAGCGAGAAUGUAUCUUGGUUAGAUCCAAAGUAGAUAUUCUUCAUUUAACUAAAAUGCGAGAAUUGUCAGGCAAUUUCUACAGCAAGAGUACCCAGGAAGAGCGUCUUCAAUAUCAUACGGUGAUCAUGGAUCAAAUACAAAGUCAGAACACGAUUCCAUCGAACAAAAUUUAUUUAAUAUCAGCUGAUUAUCAACCAAGUAGUAUUGAUGCCGAUCUUCUAUUAGCCGAACACUCGUUUGAUUUUGAUCUAUUACUGACCGAAUUGAGUUCAUUAGCUUUCAAUGCUCGAACUUCUCGAAUCCAUCUAUUGGCUAAGCAAACAGUGAGCAGAGCGAUAAAUACAUGUUUUCGUAGAGGAUACGUGCUAAAUGUAAUGAAGUAUAAGAUUGCCGCUGGCUUUGCAGCGAUUAUACCUUUCGGUGAUCAAUUGCCUCGAUAUUUAUCAAGAGACACAAUUAGAGAAGCAUUCGGCAUAAAUGAUGAAUUUGGUCAAUAUCUCAAUCAAUUUAAUCUUACUAUUGACAAUGAUCUUUUACAAACGUCAGUGUUUCGAAAAUACAUCAAAACGCAAGAAAUGAAAAAAGAGUCAAAGCUUGAUGCAAAAGCGAUUGGAACAGCUGCUGGGCAUGCAACGGCAGUUGUCGGCACAUUUAGUGAUGAUAUCGUUCGCAUAGCUGCGCCAACUGCAACAGCAUUAUCCACUGCUGGACGUAUCGCAUUAACUGCAGCAACAAUUGGUGUAGGUGUACUUAUCUCCGCAGGAGUGUGUGCGUGGUCAGCGAUUAGUAGUGGAAAACAUAUAUUUAGUUAUGUUAAUCGUGUUUCUGACGAUUGCAUUCUUGUAGUGGAUAAAAUAAUCAGGGUGAUCAUCGAACGUGAAAAAAACAAAGGAACAAACAACAUAUAUCCUACAGCCCCGAACGUUGAUUAA